AUGAAGCCCCUUCUGCUGGUCGCAAAAAUCCUAGUCUUGCUUCGAAAGAAGAAGCGAUCCAACAAAGCAAAGGAGGCACUUUUUCCCUUCAUGCGGUUGCCAGUCGAGAUCCAGUCGCGUAUCAUUGGACACGCUAUCAGGCAGGUCUAUCGCAAAGACGACCCAUUUCGAAUAAUUCUUCCAAUCGCUUAUACGAAGGACGUGCUCAAUUUGCUCUGUGUGAGCAAGCAUUUUCACGGUCUGACGGUGCCUGAACUGUACGCGAGGAUCGUCUGGGUAGACUACGAGCAGUCAUCUAGCCUCAUCGAGACUAUUCAGCUUCACCCCGAGUACGUAUCUCAUGUGCGUGAACUCGAAUUGAUCGUCGGCUGGACUCCCAACCAAGACCUUCGAUUUACGUGGCUUCUCGUCGCGUUGUUGAAGUUUCUCAUGCAUCGCGCAAGGAGACCUGACAGCAGCAGCAUCACCCGGUUGCUCAUCUUGACACAGCACCCUCAAGAGCGAGAAGUUAUGAAUCUCGUUAGCAUUAUCCAGCCAACGCAGCUAGAAUGGACGUAUAAACUGUCGCAGCUCGAAAUCUACAUGAACACUUGCCCAUCCUUUCAUAAGCUGAUGACUGGCCCCUCCAUAGGCGAAGACUUUGACAGCUGGACACCACCUUUUUCCUUAACGCAGCCCGGGUUGCUCGAUCAGCUUGUUCGAUUGCGAUUCACUUUGUUCAACGUAGACGUGGAAACUGCACACCUUUUGGCUUCGCUGCCGAAUCUGCAAUCCCUUACUUUGUCGGGGAACACGACAUCCAACAUCGACAGGGAGUACUCACAAAUUAUCCUCACUACAGGACACACACGCGAGAAUCUCACCGCUUUAUCCAUAUGUGGAAGCCCUUUCGCAAUACGACGCGAGCUUCACUCAGAAAUCGGACUGUGCAUUCUCACGGCGGUAGGGGCCAACUUUGACUGCAAGACAUCUGUGUGCGACCUACGCCAUGGACCCGAGCAAAAGGUCUGGCACGGCUGUCUGGACACUGCGAUAUUCGAUCAUCAUGACCAUCCAGUAGGCCCACAUAUUCAAUGUCCGCGAUGCUGUACGAUUGCUGGGCACCUAGUGGUGAUGCCGGACAAUUCCUCUCCUUCUACUCAGGCGCUUGCUGUCGAGCAGCAGAAAUCGGUGAUCCCACCUGCACAGAGGUCUUCGUGGCGCUAUGGACUCUGCAACGAUCAUUACCGCCAGGUCUUCCAGCAACACCUCAGCAGUGACGAUCAGGUCCGUGACGACGAUGUCAAUUUUUUUCACAAGAGAUUGCUCGAAUGCGUGCGAUGGCACUCUUGCAGGAAGCACUAG